AUGGCCGUUUUCCCAACAAAACAGUCGUUUCCAAGCCUUGAAAGCAAUAGAAUAGCAAUAUCCAAACAUGGACAAGUUGCAGUUAUAAAGGAACGUUGCAUCGAACUCUACGGUAGAGAUGUCACUAGUGGUAUUCCUUGGAUGGUCAGAAAGAUUUCCGCGAGUCUCUCGAGGCCUUCCGAUCUUUGCUUUGCUCCAAAUGAAGCCCUUGUAGUCUCAGACGUUGGCGAUAACACAAUCAAAAUCUUUGAUUUGACACGAAAUUUACAACCAGUAAAUCAGAUUAUCAUCGGCCACGAUUUCUUUGGAAUGUCUAUCGUACUAGAUCGAAGCAAUGUACCCUAUUUUGACAUGAGGGCGUUGAGAACUUUUCGAAUCCCUCAAAACGUAGCUAUCAGUUCCGGACCUUCAUCGCAACUAUUCGUAUCAAGUGGAAUGGAAGUAAUUGUGAUCAACAUGGACUGGAGUAAGCAAAGCCUCGUCAGCCACCUUCCUAUUUGUUCUCCCUUAGAUUGGCGACUACUACAGUUCGAUAAAAGGUUAGUUUGUGAUAAUGUUAGUUCAGUGCAAGAUCACAAAAACAGUCACAAGGUUGGUGGGUUCAACCCUAUGGCAAUCACAAAAGCUCAGUUCUGUGGUAUGUUUUACCACGUAACAGAAACGAACCACACUGGAUUUUCGUGUCUCGAACAAUUGAAAUGCAACGUUGGAAUACGAGGGGGCAGGAGAAAAUUUUCUGAGACGGUUGUGAUUUACGUACGAAUAACCGAGAAGAACGGUCGACUUUUAUUUCACGCCAGAUAUGGCAACUGUUACGAAGGAGUUUACGAAAGCACCACCCACGCAGAGUAUUUCAUGCUGGUUGAUGAGGAUUUUAGAGAAGCGGUCAAUAUUCUUCAAAAUCAGAACGGUGGAGAGAUCAACUUAUUCAUGAACAAACAACCUUGCUAUAGAUCAACAGGACAUGGAAAGAAAACCGUCCUCAAGGUAAAAGACUGUGCUCAAGAUCUGAUCAAUUUUUACAAUGUUUAUUGUUUACCUUACGGAGUAAACCUGACUAUAAAUUUGUGUCAGUUGUACAAGGUUGAUAUGUCGCUCAGUUCAGUCGAUAGAUCUCUAGCAACAGACAUUAUAAACGCUAGACUAGGGGUGAAAAUAUUGUUCUCUUGUGGUAUUGAGCUGUUGGCAAUGAGAGAGGACUCCUGGAAAUCACUAGCUGAGAUAUCACACAUCCAGUUACCUGCCUAUGAAGACAGCGAUCGUCAAAAAUUAGACCGAUACAUCAACUUGGUUCUUUCCAAAAUAAAAGGAACAUCAAUU